AUGAACUUAUUUCGCUCUAAAGCAACCACACUGGUCAAUAAGGAGGCCGAGAAGAUCGACAACGGUCCUGUCACCAGCAAGCCAUUCCUCAGUCCUCCUACUGACUACUCUCCUAUCCUAAACCCUGCUCUUACCGAGUCGCAGCUGGAGACACAGAAAAAAUUACGCACUUAUAUGACCUCAAUUAUGCUCCCCAGCGAACAUGAAUAUUAUGAGAGUGAAAAGGGUUUUCUUACAGAUCAAACCUUGAACAGAUACCUUCGAGCACGCAAAUGGGACUUUGAGGCAGCAAAAUCCAUGUUAGAAAGUACAGUACGCUGGCGUCGUGACUAUCGGCCCGAACAGCUGGACCCCGACUAUAUUAGCCCAGAGGCAGAUACUGGAAAGAUGUACUUUAAUGGUUUUGAUAAGUGCGGUCGCCCUAUUUGGAUUAUGCGCCCCAGAAAUCAAAACUCCAAAGAUGAAGAGCGUCAAAUAAAACACAUCGUCUUUUGUCUUGAACGAGGUAUCCGCCUUAUGCCAAAAGGAGUCGAGAAAAUGGAUAUUCUCAUCGACUUCAAGGACGCUUCUUCUUCACACAACCCUAGUCUUGCCACAUCUAAACGUUUCCUGAGUAUCCUUGGAAACCAUUACCCAGAAAGAUUGGGCGUUGCUUUUGUUAUCAAAUCUCCUUGGUUUUUCCUUGCCUCCUUUAAGCUUGUAUCUCCUUUCAUUGACCCUGUUACAAAGGCAAAGAUUCAGUUUGUUCCAAACCUGUUGGAUUUCAUUUCACCUGAUCAGCUUGAGUGCGAGUACGGAGGUGAUUUCAACUUCAAGUUUGACAAAGAAACCUACUGGAACACUCUAUUAGAUAUU